AUGAAAAGAAACGUCAUUGUUUCGUCACCAGGUAAACUAAUUAUUGGUGGUGAACAUGCUGUCGUUUAUGGUCGUCGAGCUUUGGUUACUAGUAUUGGUAUGCGUUUAUACAUGCAACUAACAGCAGAAGAGCAAACUAAUGAACCUACUAGUCCGGUAUUAAAAGUAUCAUUUCAGGAUACCAAUCAACAACAUCUAAUUGAUUUAUCAAACAUACAGAAUUCAUAUCCAAUUGAAAUUCAAGGCAUACUGUUUGUCUACAAUCAUUUCAAGUCUUUCGUCUCCGAUCGAAGUCAAUUGAAUAUACAAGUACAUUCGGAAAUUCCCAUCGGCGCUGGUCUCGGUUCAAGCGCAGCGUUUAGCGUUUGUCUUGUUGGUUGUUUCUAUCUUCUUUAUCAUAAAACAUUGAAUCGAGAAGAUAUUAAUGAAUUAUCCUAUAAAGUUGAAUGUAUUUUUCAUGGAACACCAUCUGGCAUUGAUAAUACAAUAAGUACCUAUGGCCAAUCACUCGUUUAUAGUCGAGCAGUGAAAAAACAUAUUAAUUUUCGUUUAUCAAAUUUAGCUAUUAUUGAUACUGGUAUACCGAAAUCAACGAAAAGAAUGGUUGAAUUAGUACGUUUAUUUGUUGAAAGCAAUCAACAAGAAGGUGAAAGAAUUUUAAAUGAUGUUGAACGAUGUGUGGAUUCAAUGAUUGAACAUUCUGAGCAAAUAGAUCAAUUAUUUCAAGAGAAUCAACAAUUAUUGAAAUGUUUAGGUGUGUCAACAUUAGAAAUUGAUAAUAUUAUUGAAAUAUUAGCUAAGAAAAAUAUAUCAGCAAAAAUUACUGGUGCAGGCGGUGGCGGUUGUCUGAUUGCAUUAACAUCUUGUUUUACAAAAGAUCAGAUUUUAGAUUUACUACAAGAUAAUCAUAUAAAAUCAAUUGCUUUUGUGGAAUGUGGUGUUGAAGGUUUACGGGAAGAACAAACGUUUUAA